GCCAUUUUGAUUUAGAGCCGCAGAGUGGGGAGAACUGUCUGGAAAAGGUGGGGAUCUUGUUACUCAAAACACACAGCUGAAAAUAGUUCCCCUAAUAUUUCCAUUUUGUACGGAAUUGAUGUGAAACGCAAAGGAGUGGAUUCUGAUGAGAGAGAUGUGGGACCAGGGAGGACAGCCCUGGCCGCAGUGGCCCCUCAGCCAGCAGCAGUGGAUGCAGUCUUUCCAGCACCAGCAAGAUCCAGGUCAAGUGGACUGGGCGGCCCUGGCACAGGCAUGGAUUGCUCAGAAGGAGUCAACUGGAGCAGAACAGCCAAACAUUCAGCCUAAUGGCCAAGAUAUCCCAGGCCUUGACUCUGUCGGACAGAGCAACCAUGGCACCUUCCAGGGUGACCCAGCAUUUGGCAGAAUGUGGCAGCCAGAAUGGGGGCUGCAUGGCCAGCCCCCUCCUCCUCCACCCCCUGACCAGACCUGGAUACCUCCAGGGUCAGGACCAAUGGAUGUUGUAAACCCCAGCGAGGACAGCAACAGCCAGGAUAGUUCGGAGUUCAACUCUGAGGCCCACCACGGGGUUUACCCCCAGAACAGCCAUGGGUAUGGGGCACAGCCCGACAGCUACGCCAUGGCCCCCAUGGCCAUGAACCAGUUUGAUUAUCAGCAUGGAGCUGCUUCAUCCUUCCCUCCUGCACCCACAGGCUUUCACCCCCCUUACUGGCAGGGUCCUCCUCAGAACAGGCGAGAUACAAGACCACCUGGCUUUAGAGAUCGGCCAAGAUCCCCCAUCCAGCUUCCUGUCAAACAGGAGGUCCCGGCAACAUUAGAUGCUGUAAAAAGGCGCACGCUACCUGCAUGGAUCAGAGAGGGCCUUGAAAAGAUGGACAGAGAGAAGCAGAAGAAGCUGGAGCGAGAGCAAAUGGAGAAGGAGCGUGCAAAAAUAGCAAAAGAUGAUGGCAAAGAUCAGGAGGCAGAGCAAGAUGGUGAUGGGCCACGCAUGCCUCGCAAGAGUAAAUUUGACAGUGAGGAUGAGGGAAAUGAUGACAAUGAGGAUGAAGAAAAUGUAUCCAUGAAGAAAGAAUUUUCUGCCCAGAGUCCAUCGCCUCCUGCAGAGGACAGUGAACCUGAAAUGACUGAUGAGGAAAAGGAAUUCCAGCUGAUGAUCAUCACAAAAACACUCCUGACAGAGAUCCUUCUUGAGGUCACUAAUGAAGAGAUCCAGCAUGUAUCCAAAGAGACUCACCGGAAAGCUACUCGAGCUCCUGCAAAACAGCUGGCACAGUCAAGUGCACUGGCUUCUCUGACUGGUCUCAGUGGGCUUGGUGACUAUGGUUCAGAUGGGAGUGAUGACGAGGAUGAUCGCAGUGUGCGAGGGUCUGAAUCAUCUGACACCGAUGAGGAGGAGUUGCGCCACCGCAUCCGGGAGAAGCAGGAUGCCUUCCGUCGCAAAGAGAGAGAGAUGCUGCAGCUGCAAGAAAAACAAGCACAAGAGGCCCUGCUUGCACGCGAAGAGAUGGUGAAGGAAAGAUUGAUGAGAGAAAAAGGGGAAUAUGAUGAAGGGCAGCCAGAGAAUCCACACAAACAGGAAGUAAAAGACAGGGAGGCGGAGCCCUCUGUAGAGAGGCGUAGGUCCCGUAGUGAAAAGGAGGGUAGUGAGACUCAACAUUCAAACAGAGAUAGAGAGCGAUCAGGGCGAGGAAGCAGCGAGUCCCCGGCCAACGGUCACAGCAGCAGCUCCCGCUCCACCUCCAGCCACAGCAGCCGUCGUUCUUCAUCCUCCUCUUCUUCCUCAGUAUCUUCCCGCAGUUCAUCUCGAUCCUCCUCACCACGAAGGAAGAGGAGGCGUAGCCGCUCUUCCUCCAAUAAGGCUCGACGGCGCAGCCGCAGCCACAGCUCCCACAGGCAUCGCAGUGAUCGUAGUGAGAAGGGCAGGGACAGAAGGAGGAGCAGCACUGAGAGAUCAGGGCAUCACAAGAAAGACCGCAGUGAUUCCAGGGAGCGCAGGAGCCGCAGGAGUAGAUCCAGAUCCAGAGAGAGAGACAGGGCCAGAGCUAGGGCCAGAGACAGUCGCAGCCGCAGCAGAGACAGAGAAAAGGAGAAAGAAAGGGAUAAAGAGAGGAAAAGGAGCAGAGAUCGCAGAGACAGCAGUCACAGCCGCAGCAGCAAACACAAGCAGAAAGCCUCCAGCAAAGAUAGGGAGAGGAGGGAAAGCAGGAGGGAAAGGAGUCAUAGCCAUGAAAAAGACAAGAAGAAAAAAGAUAAGGAGAAGGAUAGGGAGAAGGAGUCUGAUAAAAAGAAAGAAAAGCCAAAGUCUAAAGAGAAGGAAAAGGAGAAGGAAAAAGACAAAGGAAGCUCUGUUGUUGCAGAGGAGAAUGGAAAAUCAAAGAAAAGAAGAGAGAGUGACUCUUACACGGACUCCCAGAGUGAAAAGCACUCACGGCAGGAUAGCAAAGCCAGGAAGAAGGGCUCCGCCAAAGUUAGCAAGCGCCGGUCGGACUCUGACUCAAGUAGAUCCCCAACCCCUGAAGUUAGUAAGGAAAAGAAAUCAAAAAAAUCCAAACGUAGUCGCUCACGUUCGACGGAAAAAUCUCACAAGUCUGGUAAGAAGGCAAGCCGCAAACACAAGUCUAAGUCGCGAUCAAGGUCAGCAUCCCCCUCCCGUCGUAGCAGACGCUGAGGAGCACAGUGAACCUCCUGAUCUGUGCACUUUACCAUUUUAAAUUCCAUGAGUUGAACAGGCUUGUCUCAUUAUAGAGGCAGUUGUGUAGGUGAACCCCCUCUCAUACAUUUCUUUCAUCUUUGUAAAUAUAUUCUUUUUAAAGUGUGACUGAAGUACAAGACUUUUUGAAUGGUAGGAAUUUUCACUUGCAUAAUUAUGCAAAGCUUAAGACUAUGGACACAAAGGACUCGAGAUGUUUCAUUUUAAAUCGUAACAGGAUUAACUUUUUUCCAAACAUUAUUGUAAGAUGUCCAAUAAAACUGUUUGUUCCUUG